AUGGCGGUGAAGAAGGCACGAAUUGUGAUAAUUGGAGCAGGAAUGGCAGGCCUCACUGCUGCCAACAAGCUUCACAGUGUGACUGCCUCAAAGGACUUGUUUGAGGUGCGUGUUGUGGAAGGUGGAAACAGGAUUGGUGGGAGAAUCAACACUUCUGAGUUUGGUGGUGACCGGAUUGAGAUGGGUGCUACUUGGAUCCAUGGAAUUGGAGGAAGUCCAAUUCACAAAAUAGCCCAACAAAUCCAUGCACUUGAGUGUGACCAGCCUUGGGAGUGCAUGGAUGGGAAUGAGAAUAAGGCCACCACCAUUGCUGAAGGUGGCUUUGUGCUAAACUCUUCAUUUGUUCACCCCAUCACCAAGCUUUUCAACAAUCUCAUGGACCAUGCUCAGGGAAAGAUGUCAACAACAACAACAACAACAACCAAGGGUGACAGCGGAAACCUCAGUGUUGGCUCUUUUCUCAGACAAGGCCUUGAUGCUUAUUGGGGUUCAUCAAAAGAGGAAAAGGAGCUCAAAGGGUUUGGAAAGUGGAGUAGGAAGUUGGUUGAUGAAGCAAUAUUUGCCAUGCAUGAGAACACACAGAGGACUUGUACAUCUGUUGCUGACUUGUUAACUUUGGAUUAUGGCGCAGAAAGUGAAUACCAGAUGUUUCCAGGUGAAGAAAUCACAAUUGCUAAAGGCUACUCAAGCAUAAUUGAAUCGUUAGCAUCUGUGCUACCACCUGGUUUAGUUCAGUUGGGUAGAAAAGUCACAAGAAUAGAAUGGCAACCCGAGAGACACGAGGCGAUGAAUAUGGAAAAUGGAACAUGUACCAGGCCUGUGGUGCUACACUUCUCUGAUGGCUCCAUUAUGUCUGCGGAUCAUGUCAUUGUCACGGUUUCACUGGGAGUGUUGAAGGCUUCCAUUCGGGACGAUGAUUCAGGUAUGUUAAUGUUCCAUCCCCCUCUACCCUCUUUUAAAGCCGAGGCUAUUUCAAGGCUUGGUUUUGGUGUUGUCAAUAAGUUGUUCAUGCAAUUGAGUCCUCCUCAUGGAAGAAGAGAUGAACACUCCAAAGGGUUCCCCUUCUUGCAAAUGGUGUUCCAUUCACCUCAAUCUGUGUUUAGGCACAAGAAAAUACCCUGGUGGAUGAGGAGGACAGCUACGAUUUGUCCUAUCUACAACAAUUCUAGUGUCCUCUUAUCAUGGUUUGCUGGGGAAGAAGCUCUGGCACUUGAGUCACUAAAAGAUGAAGAGAUCAUUAAAGGGGUUUCGGACACAAUUUCAUGCUUCCUGUCACAUUCAGUUGAGUACUCUCACGACUAUGAGGUGAAAUUCAGUGAAGUCUUGAAAAGCAAAUGGGGAACAGAUCCUUUAUUUUUAGGUUCGUACAGUCAUGUGGCAGUUGGAUCAAGUGGAGAUGAUUUUGAUACAAUGGCAGAACCUUUGCCAAAACGUAGCAGUAGCCACCCUUCUGCUUCACCACCACUUCAAAUCUUGUUUGCAGGGGAAGCAACCCACAGAACCCAUUAUUCCACAACUCAUGGAGCUUACUUCAGUGGUCUUAGGGAAGCCAAUAGGCUUCUCCAACAUUAUGCGCUGUGUUAA